AUGGAGAGCGAGGUGUGCCGACGUGAAGCCAAGACACGGUUGAAGGCCCAAGUCAGGAGAAGCGCAAAACGUCGUCGUGGAAUUGCUCAAAUGAGGAGUAUCGCCAGCGGGAUUGAUGUCGACCCCGACCCCGAGGGGAAUGAGCCAUCCCUGGAUACCUUCCAGAAUUCUUCGCCCAAACAGACCCAUAGCACAUCAGUCGAGUCGUCAUCAGAACACACUACUCCAUCAACAGCGGCACCGACAGAGCUUGAAAUAGGUUUCAUUUCAGUGUAUAUGGACUAUGUCUUCCCUAUUCUAUUUCCAUUCUACCGACCAUAUAUCACCCGAGGCGGACGCAGUUGGCUGUUGUCCCUCGCAAUGACGAAUCCCGGAUUCAUGAGUAGCAUUAUUAGCAUGUCUUCCCUCUUCUUGUCCCUUAUACCUGCAGAUACCAGUGUGGGGCACGGGUCUUGCGCCUCAAAGACGUGGGAUGAGCUCCAGAAACAGGCCAACAUUGCCCUGGGGAGUAUUCAGCGCGACUUACAGAGUCUUCGUGAUUGUGGCGUUGAAAAUUCCCUUGUGGACAGUGUGCACUUGUUGGCAAAUAUGAUGCAGCAGCUUGGCUUUGAACUUGCAAUUAUGCCGUCAGGGAACUGGCAGACACACUUGGACGCCGCCAUUGACCUAUUUGAGCAAAUCCUCGAGCAUCAUGGCAAGACUGGCUCGACUCCACAAAUGUCUGCCGUGCUUAGCAACCUGCAUCACCCUUCCUUGGCGGCUAAUGCUCUCAAUACAGAACAGGGAGCCUUUCGGUUCUUUUCCAGUAUUCUAUUAGUCGCUGAUAUCAUCUCCAGCACGGUACUCAAUCGACGCGCAAGGUUAUCUGCGUACCAUUCUGAGAUCCGACGCAGCGACUGGCGCGAGCAGCCCAGUCUAGAUCUAGAAGAAAUUACUGGGUGUCAGGCUUGGGUUCUGCUGGCCAUCGGUGAUAUCUCAACUCUUUCGCGGUGGAAGACGGACCAGAUGUUGAGCGGCGAGUUAUCAAGAACUGAGCUCAUUUCCAGAGCUUCUUCGAUCAAAGAGGUACUUCAUAAAGGCUUGGAAAAAAUAGGCCGCAACGACGAAAGCUGUGAAAAUUCCGAAUCUGUGCGACCCCUUGCGUCACUACUUAAUCAAUUGGGAUCUCCAAGUGGUCAGCCUUGCGAUUCUUCGGGAGGUAGUUUACCACUAACCCGAAUCUGGAUCCAUGCUGCUCGUACGUAUCUUAUUUCUGUUAAGCUGGAUGGAGACAUCAAGGCUUCCGAGCUCCAGACAAGUGUAGAACAGGCAAUCAGUUCCUUUGGCAUGGUUACUUCGACUCCAUGGCUGCGCUGGCUUGCAUGGCCACUUUGUGUAAUUGGUGUCAAUGCCAGCAAAGAGCAACGACCAGCCAGAAAGUAUGGCAGAGCCAAGACGCAGGUAAAGAACAUUUAA